UACGGUCUCUGUGCUUCGCUCGGAGCACACAGUUAAAUACACAGUAGACAGAAAUUAGGCCUCGAAUGUACAACGGACAAUUACCUGCAUAAUUACGGUGUGCCGAUCAGUAAUCAGUGUGUGCGCCAGUGAAUCAGUGGACAGUCGGCCAAAAUGUUUGACGUGUUCGGCUCCGUUAAGGGGCUGCUGAAAAUCGAUUCAGUAUGCAUCGACAACAAUGUGUUCCGUUUACAUUACAAAGCCACCGUGGUGAUCCUGGUGGCGUUCUCCCUGCUGGUCACCAGCAGACAGUACAUAGGCGACCCGAUCGAUUGCAUCGUGGACGAGAUCCCGUUGAACGUCAUGGACACGUAUUGCUGGAUCUAUUCGACAUUUACGAUUCCGAACAGGAUGGUGGGCAAGGUGGGCCGCGACAUGGUGGCGUCGGGGGUUGUAAGUCACGUGGACGGCAAAGACGAAGUCAAGUACCACAAGUACUACCAGUGGGUGUGCUUCGCCCUCUUCUUCCAGGCCAUGCUCUUCUACGUGCCGCGCUAUCUGUGGAAGACGUGGGAGGGCGGUCGCAUCAAGAUGCUGGUCCUCGACCUCAAUUGUCCCAUCGUCAACGAAGAAUGCAAAGCCGACCGAAAGAAACUCUUAAUCGAAUAUUUCACCUCGAAUCUGCACCUGCAGAAUUUCUACGCGUUUAGGUUCUUCAUCUGCGAAAUCCUCAACUUGAUCAACGUAAUAGGGCAAAUAUUCUUCAUGGAUUUCUUCCUCGACGGCGAGUUCAGCACGUACGGACGCGACGUGCUCCGCUUCACCGAAAUGGAACCCGAAGACCGGAGCGAUCCCAUGGCCAAGGUGUUCCCUAAAGUCACUAAAUGCACCUUCCGCAAAUACGGUCCGUCCGGAUCGAUUCAGUCGUUCGAUGGCCUAUGCGUCCUCCCAGUCAACAUUGUCAACGAAAAGAUCUACGUCUUCCUCUGGUUCUGGUUCAUUAUUCUCAGUGUGCUCACUUGCAUCUCGAUCAUUUACCGCGUUUGUGUCAUCUUCGGGCCCAAGCUCCGUCUCUACCUGCUCAGAGCCAGGUGUCGCAUCGCGGCCCAAAAUCAAAUAGAAAUAAUAGCCGAAAAGUGUGAGAUCGGGGACUGGUUCGUGCUCUACCAGCUAGGUAAAAACAUUGAUCCGCUCAUCUUCAAGGAAAUCAUAUCGGACCUGGCGAAAAAGCUCGAGGGCAAAGAACAAGUCUAACAUCCCCCUAUUUAUUUUGUGUUUGUUUAUUUAUUACGUCGACAAUAAUUGAUUGAUUGCCUUUACGAACAUUUCCGUGAUACUUGGGAGGCGCACGACGGCCUUAAGAGAGUCAUGAACUAACGCAUCAUUCCAAGAUUCAUCGAGCUAAACUGAAGGACCAAUGUAAAGUUCUGUGAUCACAGAAAAGACUGUCAUUUUUUUAUAUACAAAACAAAAUCGUGUGACAUUAGGGGUGUAUAACUUUGCACAAGCUCAAGAACACACACACACACAAAAUUGCCCGUCAGUCGCAAGCAUAAUUAAUAAAAUCAAAUCAAAUCAAAGCAAAUCAAAUCAAAUCAAUCAAAAUCACACUGCCAGACUAUAGUGGGAUCAUCGAAUUGGCUAUCACAUAGGACGCGCUAUAGUUGUACAGAAUCCGCUUUCCCUGCGUCAAUGCACAAGAUGGCCUUGUCUUCUUGGACCGCCAUGUUUGCUGUUCCCCACAAAACUUUCACGUCGAUUCCGUUUCCAUUUAAUAGUCGUUUUUUCGGGCACCGCAAUCGUGGCAACUUGUGCGAUCGAUAUGAAAGUUAUUGGACGCAGGCGAAAACGCAUUCUCUGUGAUAGAUCUGGAUAUAUGCCCUAUUUGUUUUAUAUCACCCUAAUUCUGUAAUUAAGUUUCAUUAUUAAAAUACAUAUGUGAUGUUUAGAUUUUAGUUUAGAUUAAGUUCCAUACGUACAAUUCCAAGCAAGAGUGUAUUUGAUUUUACUAUUAUAUUGAUCUAAUUGUAUGAAAGACGAUGUGUUCAGACUAUAUUAUUAUAUUGUAUAUUAUAGAUUUAUUGUAAUAAACCAAAAGUGCCUUUAAAUUUUGUAUGGAAUUAUAUAAUAAAUUAAGUAUUUUACAAA